AGGAAAAACUAGGUUUCAAUGACCAUGAAGCAUUUAGCUGUGUUUUCUUUCAAUCAAAAGAACCUUCAAGGAAGGUUCCUACUAGAAGUAAAAUGUUAGGAAGUUUCGGAUAUAGUUGUUACUCUACAAAAUUCAUUGACGUUGUAUAUAAGAGCAUCUUAACGUAGCCAAUGGCAUGCAGUGCAAAGCUGAGUCGUGAAUUGGCAUCAGAAAAAGGUGUUAAGGUGAGUGCAUUGAGAGAGAAGAAGAGAUGAAGAUGGAGAUUGAGGAAGUUGGGAACUGCGAAGCACAACCACUUCCCCUGCUGUCACUCAACCACGUGUCCCUCUUGUGCAGAUCGGUGUGGGAAUCUAUGAGGUUUUAUGAGGAUGUUUUGGGCUUUGUUCCCAUCAAACGCCCUUCUUCUUUCAAUUUCACUGGAGCCUGGUUUUACAAUUAUGGUAUUGGAAUACACUUGAUUGAGAAUCCUCAUGUUGAUGAAUUUGAUGCCUGUGCCAAUGAAUUUAGGCCCAUCAAUCCCAAGGACAACCAUAUCUCAUUCCAGUGUACUGAUGUUGAACUUGUUAAGAAGAGGUUAGAAGAGAGGGGGAUGAGGUAUGUGACAGCUGUGGUGGAGGAAGGAGGAGCCAAGGUGGACCAAGUGUUCUUCCAUGACCCUGAUGGCUACAUGAUUGAGCUCUGCAACUGUCAGAAUAUUCCAAUCAUUCCUAUUUCUUCCUGCUCUCUCAAGCCUCGUGGCCACAGCUUCAAGAAGACAGCUCCUUACAAGUGUGGAUUCAUGGAGAAUGUCAUGAUGGAAAGCUUGAGCACCGACAUGAUCAAUUUCUCCUUUUAAAACAAAUGAGUGAAGAACCUUAUCUUGUUUCUUUUUCUUUGUAAGAUAAAAAAAAGGGUUUGCUAGCUUAUAAAAAAACGAUAGGUUUGGUGAUAUUAAGAUAAGUCUGUCAUUAAUCUAUGCUAAAACCUACACAAACGUGGUCUAGAAGUCUUCGUUUGUAAGAGAAUAUGGUGGACCAAAGUAAAUCUGUACUGCUAUAUUGUAUCAUGUUUCUGUUUGAAAUAAUAAUAAUAAUAAUAAAAGGAAGAAAUUGUGAGUUGAUCGGUUGCACUGUUCA